AGAGAUAGAGAAGAUGGAAACUUAUAUUAGCAGCAUUUUGGGUACAAAUGAAUACUAAAAUAAAAAUGGGAUGAAACUACUACUUUGACAUAUGACCAAUAUUAUGCAUCAAAAAUCAGAUUCCCCUGGGGAAUUCAGGCCCUAAUAUAUGUAUCGUAGACGACAGAAUCUGUAGCAUCCCAAGUGACGGUCUAUUCUUCUCCGUUUCUAUCCAAAUGGAUCAACCAAAUCCCACACCACCCCCCACCUCCGCCACCGGUGCCGUCAACCCACAAACCGGACCACCAGUACAAGCACAACCCCUCUCUCCGCUUCCACAAGAUCCGCCGCAAGUACCGACUCCAUCGUCUACGACAACUCCGUCGAUCUCUACUUCCGUGCCGCCUUCCCCAAACCCCAACCCCAACCCCAACUCCAACCCCAGCCUAAACCUUAACCCUAAACCUCAAACCCAAUUCCCGCCUCACCAGUCAUCGCUGCAGCAUUCUCAGUCACUUCCCGGUGCUCUUCCAAACCGUCCCCCGGCCACAUUGGCUCGAGCUUGGCAACAGCCCCAUUUGCCUUCUUCUUCUUCUUCUGUUGCUGUUUCGGCCGGGCCUUCUUCUUCAUCGCCUCCCACGUUGCCGUCGACCUCUGCUGCGCCGACGCCAAGAGGAGGUGGUAUUGCCCUUGGUGUUCCGGCACAUCGUCCAACCACUUCCCCAUCGCAGCCCGCUCCUUUUUCGUCGACGUAUGGGCAUUUUGGUGGCUUAGGUCGCAGUGGGGUCAGUUUACCUGAACCCUCUUCAAAUCCCAGUGCUUCGCAGGUGAGGCCGUCGAUGCAAGGAGUUCAGGGAAUGGGGAUGUUGGGGUCGAUCAAUUCUAGUUCUCAAAUGCGCCCAGGUGGGAUUCCGGCACACCAUCAACAGAGACCUGUACAAUCUUCGCUAAGGCCAGUAUCUACUCCCAGUAACCAGCUUCCUUCAUCUCAAAAUUAUCAAGGACCUGGCCUUCUAAGAGUCUCAUCAGCGGUAUCUCCCAGUUCACCCUCACCAACUACGUCCCAAGGUGUGCAGUCCCCUAAUCAGCCGUGGUUGGCAUCUGGAUCACAAGGAAAGCCUCCCCUUCCAACCCCAUCUUUUAGGCAGCCAGUGACAUCACAAUCUUUGCAGCAGAGAUCACAUAUUCAACAGCAACCACAUCAUUCGGUGCCUUUGACUUCACAGCAACAGCACAUGUCGUCUUUGCAGCAACAGCAACAACCUUCCCCAUCACAGCCGGCACAUGAGCAUUAUGGUCAACAAGUUCCACAAUCAAGGGUUCAACAAGUUGUACCCCAUCAGCAGCAAAUUACAAGGGUUCAAAGUUCAGCAAACCAGAAAUCUUCUACUCCUGCAAGUGCAAGUCUACAACCUAGCACAGCUAUAUCAGUUCCCCAGAGUAAAAUAGCUGCUACAGAAACUGAUGAAACUUGUAAUAGAAUUCUUAGCAAAAGAAGCAUCCAUGAGCUUGUCAACCAGAUUGAUCCAUCUGAGAAAUUGGAUCCUGAAGUUGAAGACAUUCUUAUGGAUAUUGCGGAUGAUUUUGUUGAGUCUAUUACAACAUUUGGUUGUUCGCUGGCCAAGCAUCGAAAGUCAACAACGUUGGAAGCGAAGGAUAUACUUAUUCAUCUUGAACGAAAUUGGAACAUAGCUUUGCCUGGGUUUGCUGGUGAUGAAAUUAAAAGCUACAGAAAACCACUUGUUAAUGAUACUCACAAGGAACGUCUUGCAGCAAUAAAGAAAUCCAUAGUAUCAACAGAGACAACAAACACUAGACAAGCGACUGGAAAUGCCAAGGGAAGUUUGGUAAAGGCCCCUGCCAAUGUCAUAGGCUCCCCAAAUGUCAAAAUAUAGUUACAUUAGGGCAUUGAUCAGCUUGUCUUCUUUCAAGAAAUUUUACACUAACAAAGGUACGCUAAAUUUACAUGCAAAUUUAUCCGCACAAAAAAAAAAAAAAAACUUGUGGAACAUCUCUUAGUUCUCUUGAUGGGUUCAUAUGGGGCCAAGUUUUGCAGAAUGAAGUUCUGACUUGAUGGAGUCAAAUUUUUGUUUUUUGAAGUCUGCCUUGGUCCAUUCCACUAUGUAUUUGCCAUAGCAUAACUUCACUUACUGAUGCAUUUUGCUUGCACAAACUUUCUGGUGCUUAUCCUUUUUCAAUCUUGGGGGGGCUAACGGUGACGUAAAUGGGGGACAAGUUUCAACAGCAUAGCACCGGUAGAUCCUACUAUCAUUUUUGUUUGUGCCUGCUGGAAAUGGGCCAACCCAAAUGUUGUUACUUAAGUUAUGUAUAAAGAAAAACAGAAGAAAGAAAUGACGACCAUUUUGUUCAUUCUUUAAAAGCAAUUCUAUUAUUUUGAGUCUCGUGGUUUU